UCCGCUCCUGUCCCGCGGCUUCUCUCCAGUCUCUCCGGGGAACAGCCAUGGAAGGCGACAACAUAAUAAUGCCCGUCUGACUCGGCGGAGGAGGCUUUUCAAGAUGCCAGGCCUUUUGUCCAGUCCUGUGUGUUUGACAGUCAUCUGGUUUUUAUCCUGGUCGUUGCAUCCUAGUUGUGCUCAGAUUUGGAAUGAUGAAGUGUCAGGCGUGCAGUACGGGCACUUGGAGUCCAAUGUGACACUGGCAUGCCGGACGUCACAAAUCAGGACGCCUGUGGUGUGGCAUCUCAACCACAGCUCAGCAUUGCCAUGGCACAAAGUGACAUCGGAUGGCACCUUGGUCCUGCUGCACGUCGACCACUCGGCACAGGGCAUCUACAGCUGCUACGAUAACCACGGGCUGCUCCUUCACUCUGUCAAACUCAGGCUUGGCCAUUCCCCCGGGCUGCUGAGUGUUUCCUGUCAAGUGCCCAAUCACACACACGUCCGCUGCUCCUGGGUGGACUCGGUUAAGACCUUCCUGCCAGCCCAGUACAAUGCCUCCUUCAGGGGCACUGGUCAUGAGUGGAGGUCAUGUGUCGUGGAUGUCGCCCGCAAGCAUUGUAAUGUAGAUGACCCCGCCUUCUGGCAGACCAUUCACACUCUUAGAAUCACAGAGACCAACGCCCUGGGGUCUAAGACGACAUAUGCCCGCUUUAAGUUACACGAGCUAUUGAAACCAGACCCUCCAGAGACUGCGUCAGUGAAGGAACUAGAAGGUUUUCCAAAGAGGCUGAUCGUCUCCUGGAAUUUUCCCUCCUCCUGGCCGGAGGAGGAUGCAUUUCCCCUCAUGUUUCACAUCAGAUACAGACCACUGGGCUCCUUGUACUGGUCGGAGAUCUACUCUGAGGUGAGUCCAGUUGUGAUAUUAGACGCCCUGGCUGGCCACCUCCACCAGGUGCAGAUUCGAGCCCGCGAUGAGGUGAACUCAGAGAGCCAGUGGAGUGAAUGGUGUCCCCUGCUUCUCAUCCGGCCCUGGGAAGCCUACACCACGCCUGACCCCACAGAAGAGCUCCCACCAGAUGACAUAUUACAAGACUAUAACUUUCCCUUCGACAGAAAGCUUGAGACCUCGACUACAAAAAAUCCCAAUCCUGUAAUUGAUGGUGAAGGUAAUUUGGUGAUUUUGCUGGUUUUGUUCUCCGUGGUCAUCCUCAUCACCGUCCCCUCCCUCUUCUAUGUCAUGUGGGUGAGGCAGAGGCGGCGUGAUCACGUGACCAAACAGGAACUCAACUCGAUGGUCAAGAUGAAGUCCAUGCCAAUCUAAUGUUGAUGUCAAGUAUCCUCUCAUCAUCAGCCCGUUCUAGGGCUCCUCCCAACAUGAACCACAAUUCAUCAGAGUCCAUCCAUGAUCCAGGACAACAGGGACAAACCCAUACCGGGAACUGCAGAGCAGGUUAAAAACUUGCCCCAGUGUAUAAACGCUGACUGAAGGGUGGUUUGUUGCAUAAAUCACACGUGCAGGAUUUUCCUGGACACAUUCAAUGCUUACACCUGACUGCACUACCCAGAAUGCAUCAGCAGACUCCCUUCUACUGUCCACGGGGACACAGAAAACAGACCUUGCUCUGUUUCUUCACUUCAGCAGCUUCACCGCCUCCACAGACUGUCGGAGCGACGCUGCACCAGGACAUUUGAGUUCACUCACAACCGAUGCUGCUUCAGGUGGACUGACUCCUCGACCCGUGCGGAGAGGGGGAGACUAUUUUUAACCUUUGGAACUUUAGGUAACAAAUCAUGACAGGAAGUGCAGCUGCCAAACAGGAGAACAGAAGAUGUUUUUUCUUUGUGGGACAACUUGUUCUUUUUUCCCACCCAGAACUCCUCACUUUCUUUCUGUUUUCGUGACAUUCACAUUAAUGUGUGUCCGUUACUACACCGACCGACUCAACGCUGUGAAGGAAGCUUAACUUCUGCCAGUCUCUGUGUGCAUCUAAUGCCAAAAGCAGCAACUAAGGGCAUUAUAGUUUCAGCUGAAGGAGCAGGAGACGACCUGUUCCCUGCUCCUUACCUGAGGGGGGGGGGUUAAAGUCCAGGGUGGGUGGCCCGGGUUAUUUAGACUAUAUUUCAUUUAUGACAAAUGAUUUUAUAUGUUGCAUGAUGUGCUUGUUUUAAUUGUCUGAUGUCUUUAGUACGUGUCACUUUGUUUUGUUUUACCUCUUUUCCCAUCCAUCCACUGUUCCUGAGUGUGUGUGAAGAAAAGACGCACAUGAACAGAAAGAGAUUAGAGAAGAGAUACAGGCCUGUCACAGACCACCAGCAUUACUUCAAUAGUUAGAACAUUAGAAUAUAGAUAUUCAGCUAAUACUUCUCUCUAGACUGCAAAGAAACAAUUCCCUCUUUCUUUGGAAAUGGUUUAAUGUCGUUUUUUCUUUAAGAGAUUAAACGGCCUCUGCCAAUUUAAAUUUAGUCAAAUUUAAACCAAUUUCUUUAACGAUAUAAAUAAUCAGCACUUAAACAAAAGAGUAAAAAGUCAAAGCAAAUUAUAAUUCUGCAAGAGGACAACUUCAAAUUACUUGUUUUGUUAAAUUCAUAGAUAUUAAGUUUUUAAAGAAAAACUAAAUCUUUGGUUAAUGAGCCAUUUUAUUACUCAGAGAAAAAGUAUGGCAACAAUAUCAUUUACUGCUCAGAGCUUUUUCAGAAGAGUCCAUAAAGUUUGUUCUCUAUGUUGAGAUUUCAAAGCAGUUGCUUGAUGAUAAAAAUUUAAAAAAGAUUUAAAAUUAAUCAAUAAAUGUUAUUAGUGCGAUGCACCUGAUGUGAGCUAACAUCACUGAGCUGCUGCAACAUGGAGACAGACCAUGAAAUGGUUUGUGGACAGUUACUAUGGAAACAAUUAGUAGUUAAUUACACAGCAGGGGGCUCACAGGCAGAUUAUAGGGCUGGAUGUUGAUGGGGACGUUUGCUGAGGUGAUUCCUCGCAUGUUUUAGGGUUAUGGGUGAAGUUUAGGAUGAAAUGAAAAAGUGGGGCAUUGACACAGAAUCGAUGAGAAUGAACAGAUGCAGUUAGAGAAGAGCUGGUUUUUACCUGCGGCAGAGUGACGUGGCAAAGAACAGCUCCAUCUCCACGACUCAACACAACACUGAACUGUCAAGCUUCCACUUUGCUCAGUCGUCACACGGCAGAAGCGUUAAUGCAGCUGAAUCUGAGCACGUUCGUUGGUGGGUGCGUGCACGAGACGAGACGAUGAUUGACAAGAGCGACCCUCGCUCACUGGACUCGUGUCUCUCGACCCUCCAGCUCAGGAAACGGUGAAGCCUCGUCCAUCUUUACUUACAGUCAGUUCAGUGUGUUUGUUCUGUCUGCACCCACAAACCUUGCGUCCUGGCUGACUGAGCCACAGACGGAAGUGAGAGUCUGUGCUGAUAAAACAUUUCUUUCCUCCUUUUGUUUCUGUCGGUUCCGGCUGUUCUACAUUCUGUUGAUCCAGAGCUGUGUAGUUAUCAACUCAGUUGAUCGAUUGACUGUAGCUUCAGAAACACAAGGUGCUGUAUGUUCUCUCAAGCUAGCUUGACAUAUUAUGCAUGAAUCCAGUUGAAGCUUUUGUUGUAUAUUAUUGUAUAUCACACUCUAAAAAAGUACAUAUGUAUGUUAUAAGUGA